CCGGAGAUCCAAAUGAACUUUAACGUUCGCGGGGAAUGCAGAUAAGUAAAAUGAAAGAAGACAGUGAUGAUGAUAUUUGGGAGUACAGUUCUCUCAAACGUUUUAAGAAAAGUGAAUCAACGAGAAAGAGACCAAAAAGCUCUAAAGAUGGAGGUGCACCUGUUCGACCAAGUUUGAUUGAAAAUGAGAUGAAAAGAAAACCUAUGAGCCUCACUCGAAAGAGUCAAAGGCGAAAUCGCAAGAUUGCCAAACAGGAACCUUCAUCAGAGCCAGAGUCUUCAUUGCCCUCCAUGGGAAAAACCGACCAGUGCUUGACCAAUGGCCAAGUUACCACAAAAAUUGAACCUGAUAAUAUUUCAUCCACACAGUCUACCGACUCCGCUUUGCACUCAGGAUCACAGAACAAUAAGAGUAAAUGUACACCAACUAAACCAAGAAAGAUAUAUGAAGGAUUUUGCCCUCUCUGCCAAAUGCCAUUUUCAUUGCUUCUUAUCCAGUCUCCAAACUGGCAUGUUACUGAAUGUUCCAACAUAGUUGCAGCCCUAGAAGACAAACCAGAAUGUGCUGAGGGAAUUUACUGUGAUGUAACCAUUCCAAGUCAUUACCACAAGUUUAGACACACAGCUUUGGCUUUGUCAAGAGAUUGUGGACAACUGACAAGUUUUCCCACUGAACAGCAGAAUGGAUUUGAAACCAUUAGAGAAUCGUCAGCGUCUUCCAGAAAGCUGUUUGAAAGAGCACAAUUGGAGCCUCAUUAUUUUAAAUGUGAUGAAGAAAAAGAAAAGCCUUUACCAUUUUGUGGAAAAAUAUUUACCUGCAGAGGAAGACAUUAAGAUGCCAGGGAAAAUAGAACCAAAUGAUCCCACAAUAGCUGACAUUGAUUACAUGAGCGACGAAGACAUAUUUGAUGAAAAAAAUGACACUAGUGCUGAAAUCAGAAACAAAGUUGAAGACAUGUUAUCUCAAGAAACAAUCUUCAAAAAACAGAAUUGUUCACGAGAUGGUUCAGAAAGAUUAAAUGAUGUAUCACCAGUGAAUACACCAUCAAAGGGUUUUUCUGUAGAUACCGUGUUUCCUAAUAGUGAAAUCGAAAAACUCUUCACAGAUGAACAACCAUGGGCUUUGGAUAUUGAUGAAAACUGUAUAGAAUCAUCUGACAUUCCUAUAAGUGCAGAUAGCACCCAGCAUACUGGGGGCAGAAAUAGUGCUGAUACGCAGAACAUCAGUACUUUGCAAACUACAGAAGGUGCACUAGUUGAAUGUAAAGGACAGAAGUUCACACAAGAUGUAAUGCAAACCAAACAAACAUCUAUUUACAGCUUUUUCAAGCCUUCUGACGAAAUAAGAAAACAAGUUAAAUACAAUUCCGCCAGUGCAGCAAGUAAGACUGCAAAGCCAAAGGAUGCAGUGUCUGAACAACAGACCCAAAGGCUUCAGAGACAUUUUCUUGGAGCCAGAAGUGAUAAGAGUAAUAAAGAAAGAGUUGAAGAAAAUGGAAGUGUGGCACCCAUAGCAAAAGGCAGAUGGAAGACAACUUGCCCAUUUUACAAGAAAAUCCCAGGCACAUCAUUUACAGUGGAUGCUUUCUGCUAUGGGGUGGUGCCUGGCUGCUCUGCAUAUUUUCUUUCCCACUUCCACUUUGACCAUUACAGAGGGCUCAGUAAACACUUCAAGCAGCCGAUAUAUUGUAGUCAGGUCACUUCAAACUUGGUUAAAAAACAGAUUCGGGUGGAAGACAAGUACCUUAUUUCCUUGCCAACUGACAGGCCAUGCCAUGUGCAUGGAGUUCAGGUCACUCUAAUGGAGGCAAACCAUUGCCCAGGUGCUGUGUUGUUUUUCUUUGAACUUCCAAAUGGUAGGGCAAUUUUGCACACUGGAGAUUUUAGAGCAGACCCCUCAAUGGUGGAGCAUCCUGCCCUCAAGGGGAGAAAGAUUCACCAGUUAUAUUUGGAUACAACUUACUGUGAUCCUUCCUAUGCAUUUCCACCUCAGCAAGAUGUGGUCAGUUUUGCUGUGUCCUUGGCAGGGAAACAUAUAUGUGAACACCCUAACAGUUUGAUUGUCUGUGGCACAUACACAAUAGGAAAAGAAAGGAUCUUUAUAGCAAUUGCAGAAGCUAUUCAGAGCAGGGUCUGUGUGACAAGAGAAAAGUACAGAAUCUUACAGUGUCUUGAUGAUAAUAAACUAGAUGGUAUGCUCACAACAAAAUGGACAGAGGCAAAAGUGCAUGUAUUACCUAUGGGCAAACUGAAGUUGGAUACCCUCCAAGAACAUCUGAGAAGUUUUAAAGGACAGUUUGAUAACAUUUUAGCAUUAGAACCCACUGGAUGGACUCAUUCAGGAAAGACCCUAUCACUGAAUAAUAUCAAACCAAAAGUGAAGAAGAAAGGUAUAACAAUAUAUGGUGUGCCUUACAGUGAGCACAGUAGUUACACAGAACUGAAGAACUUUGUCCAAGCUCUCCAACCUGACCAGAUACUGCCAACUGUAAACAAUGGAAAUCCUACUAGUAGACGUAAAAUGGAAUCUUUAUUCAAAUCCUGGUUACAAGAAAAGAAAGUACAUUCUCAGCAAAUUUUAUUGAGCACUUGGUGCAAAAAUUGACUAGUAAAUUUAAUUAAAAUAUUGAUUCUAGUCACAUUUUUCUUUAACAGAAUAUAUGUUACCAGCCAUGUUAAUUGUGCAUUUUGAAAUUAUAUUGUAUAUGGUUCUAUCAUGCCAUUCAGAUAUGGUAUCAGUCAUGGCAACAUCUAGUUCGCAUCAUGGUUUAACAGUGUAAUGUUGGGGUCUUUUUGUUACCCUCUUCGAGGUGUAAGACCAUUUACCACAAUUGCUUUUAGAAUGGAAAAGCUCCUCUCCUCAGACUAAGUGUACGCUUUUUUUAAACCCUCUAUAGUCCUCAAUAGCCCUCUAUAGUUCUCAAUAAAUUUAAAAAAUAAAAAAUAAAAAUCAGGAGCAUUUACCCUAAUUUAUAUUUCAUAUUAUUUGUCAACUCCCACAAUGAUGGCAAUUGAAAAUUUAACUUUGAUUGUAAGACUGACAAGAAUAUUUUCAUUUUAUCCAAUAAAAUUUAUUGGCUGAAAAUAUACUGUCUUUAUAUGUGAAAUAGUUUCAUAAUCAUUUCGACAAGUGCAGAUAACUUUAACCAAAACAGACUGAAUACAUUACAUGUGCAUAUAUAUAUAUGACAAUAUUUCUACUUUAAUGUGGUCUCAGUUAUCUGAAGGUUCCUGCCUUUACUUUUUUACAUUGGAUAAUAAAAUAAGACCUGGAGCAUAAUUUAAAGCAUUUGUUAAAGAAGUUUAGACAUUCAUAGUGUACAAUGUAAUAAGUCUUUUCAUCUUCCUCUUUAAAUUGUUGCACCAGUAAAUUCAUUUAUAUUUUGACUGAUACUAUUCAUAUUUGAUAAUUUAUUCACAUGAUUUAUUGUAUUUUUAUG